AUGCGAACUGCUCCUACGGGCUGCAAUGCUGGCAUCUUGGACGUAUCAAUGCUUCCUGAUCGAGAUGGAGGGAUCUUGUCGACAGCAUCAUCGAGAUCGCGAGGCUUGUUGCGGGUUGGCGGCUCAGUUCCCGAAGGACCAGACGACUACGGCACAUACACUUUUGGUUGUAGGAACAACACCAACUUCAACUCGGACAAUUACUACACCCCCUCCAGCGAAUGGAAGAAACAACAAUUUUCACGGUGUAAGAGAGAUCCCGAUAAGCCACGGCAACCAGCCAGCCAGCCAGCCAACCGGGGCGAUGACAACCGAGGCCCCAUCUACACUACUUUGAAUGGCAAGCAUCUAUUUUCCUUGGCAUCUCAACGCAGAUAUGGACUGGGUGCUGUGCCCCUUUGGGUCAUCGAAUCGAUGGCUCCCCAGCCCCCCACCUUCUCCGGCACUCCCAGAAAUCCCAUAGUGCCAGAUUCCCGAGAUGGACGCUAA